CAGUUUGAGCGUACUCUGACGUUACAACGUAAGAACAGGGGCUGCAAUAAGAAGGAAACUUUGUGGAGGUACUACGGUGCCAGAAAGAGGCACCAAGCAGACAUUCCUGGAGAACAUGGAUGAAGCUGAAAAUCUGACAAUAUCUUCUGCCAGUAAUAACACAUGCCAUGACACUAUCGACGAGUUCCGCAAUCAAGUGUACUCCACAAUGUACUCUAUGAUCUCUGUUGUGGGUUUCUUUGGCAACAGCUUCGUACUCUAUGUCCUCCUAAAAACGUAUCAUGAGAAAUCAGCCUUCCAAGUAUACAUGAUUAAUCUAGCCAUAGCAGAUCUACUGUGUGUGUGUACAUUGCCUCUCCGUGUGGUCUAUUAUGUGCACAAAGGCAAGUGGUUCUUUGGUGACUUUUUGUGCCGCCUCACCACAUAUGCCUUGUAUGUUAACCUCUAUUGUAGCAUCUUCUUUAUGACAGCCAUGAGCUUUUUCCGGUGUGUUGCUAUUGUUUUUCCUGUCCAGAACAUUCAUUUGGUUACACAGAAAAAAGCCAGGUUUGUGUCUAUUGGAAUUUGGAUUUUUGUGAUCUUGACUAGUUCUCCAUUUUUAAUGUCCAAAUCUUACCAAGAUGAGAAAAACAAUACUAAAUGCUUUGAGCCCCCACAGGACAAGCAAACUAAAAAAUAUGUUUUGGUCUUGCACUAUGUGUCCUUAUUCGUUGGCUUCAUCAUCCCUUUUGCCAUCAUCGUUGUCUGUUACACAAUGAUCAUUCUGACAUUGCUAAAAAAUUCAAUGAAGAAAAAUCUUCCAAGUCGUAGAAAGGCUAUAGGAAUGAUCGUAGUUGUGACAGCUGCCUUUUUAAUUAGCUUCAUGCCAUAUCAUAUUCAACGAACUAUCCACCUUUACUUUUUACACAGUGAAACUAGACCCUGUGAUUCUGUCUUGAGGAUGCAGAAGUCAGUGGUCAUAACCUUAUCUCUAGCUGCAUCCAAUUGUUGCUUUGACCCUCUGCUAUAUUUCUUCUCAGGUGGAAACUUUAGGAGAAGACUAUCUACAUUUAGAAAGCAUUCUUUUUCCAGUAUGACUUACAUACCCAAGAAGAAAGCUUCCUUGCCAGAGAAAGGAGAAGAAAUAUGUAAAGAAUAAUUCAAACCUAUCUCCAGUGCAGAACAAUGAAAAGAAUUUCCCUAACAAGUAUUUUCUUAAAUUGCAAUUAAAAAAUAAAGUUUCCAAUUAAUAAUUUACAAAUUAUUAAAUGUAUCUCAUUUAUAAAUCCUAUCAUUUGAUAUUUUAAGAGUUCAAAAUUCAGUUUAUCACUGUGACCUAAGCCAUAGAUUUUUUUUUACUAUUCCCCAGAAGGUAGAAAAUAUUUGAGUUUCUGACCUAUAAAACUGAAUAUGAAAUCAAGAUAUUUUCUUUUUAAAUAAAGGGCUAAUAAAGGAUAUGAAAUAGAAUUUGAACCCAGCUUAUAAAUAUAGCUUUAAAAUUAGCAAAGAGUCAUCAGUCAUCCUAACUUGUUCUUUUGCAUGCAUGCCAUCAGAUGAGACCUGGAGAUGACCCAGAAGCUACAGAAAUGUAAGAUCAGCCUAUUUCUUUGUAGUACUGACUAGCGAGGCAAAGCAGGGCCCUAUAUUCCAGAAGAGAAUGUUCAAGUACUAGAACAGACCAGGAUUCAGCCAAAUAACUCUACAGGCUGCGUGCAGUUUACAAUCUGGAAACCAAGGAAGAUAAAUAUGAUAAAAAGCCAGCUUGUCUCCAAUUCUCUUCUGUCCUUGCUUGACUCAAGCCUCCAAAAGAGAAUGGGGUUUUUCUUGCUUAUUGAGGUUCCUAUUAUGAAUUCAAUCCUAACUCAAAAUAUUGGAUUAAUGAAUAAAACAACUGACAUUGCUAUAUAUGAACAGAAACAAUUAAAGUUUCUCUGAAGAAAAGGAAAGAGAUCUACCUUUCUACAGGAGUUUUGUUCUGAUCAAAAUUUACUAUAUAAGAUAGAAGAAAAUUUGAAUAGAUAUCAUUCUCUCAAGAAGGGCACUUAUGUAUAUGUAUUAAAUAUAUGUAAUCUAUCUUGUUCUAUGUUAUGCAUUUAUAGUUAGUUAAUUAUGAGAUUUAUUGUUGUUUAUACUAUCUGCUUUUUUAUUAGCAUGUUGAAAGCAAUAUCAUUUAUUUGCAGUGAUUUUUAUAUUAUAGUGGAAGCUUUGUUCUUAAAACACACCAUUGGAAACAGCUUGGUUGUGACUAAAAUAUGAUAUUUAUUGGCAAAGUUUUGCUGAGGUUCAUUCUGUUCUUAACUCUGAGUUUCAAAAGUCACAAUAACUCAGAAGAAAUAAAUGAUAAUAGAGACAGAAAAAAGGAAAACCGUGAAUGGAGUUCUGUUUUCAUCUGCCACAUGGGAGCCAUUUCUGUUUCACUUCUACUGCUUCACUCUUUUGGGAAAUAACAAAAGGACAUAAUGAAGAAAGACUCCUAGGAAACAGAAAUAACUGGAACUCUGUUGAAUAUAUCCGAAACCUGGUAGUACCUAUUACUUUUGCUCUAUAUUAUUUCCUUUUGCUUGAGACACAUAUCAAAUACAUUUAUCAUAAGAAAAAAGGUCUCAUUUUCUAUAUUUCUGUUUUGGGACAAUCAGCAUAGUGUGUUAGAAGGGCACAAUACUGGCAGAUAGAACACCUGCAUGCUAACCUGGCCUCUAUUAAUAAUUAUGUAAAUGCAGAAUCUCAAUUCCUCAACUGUAGGAUGAGAAUGAUACUUGCCUUUCUUGUGAGAAUUUUCAGGAUUGAAAUACAAUUAGACAUGGUAAAAUUUUAACCUAAAAUAUAUAGUAAGGUAUCAUUUUAAAAUAUUUAGAAGGGAGCUUUUAAAUAUGCUUAUUCAUAUUUAUUGUAUUAGUUCUCAAUUUUGAAAGAAUUAGAGAAUAUAACCACAGUUAAAUUCUAUUGCAUAUAAAUAAUUGUGUUGCUUAUCUAUUCUUACAUCCAAGCUUUUGUCUAUGUUAGCAUUUUCACUCACAUACAUAUCCAUGCAUACAGGACAGAUAUACCACAGAACCUUCAGUCCCCUGCAAACUCACAAUGAAUGUAUUGUUCUUUCAUGAAUUACAUCUUUUUAACCUACAUCAUGCAACUCACUUCUUAUUACUUUUCACAGUUUUCUCCAUGUGUGUUAGUAUUUUAUCCCAAAGUGAAGUACUCCAUGUAGAAUUAUCAAUUCUGAGGUUACAAAUUACAUCAUUACAUGGAGGUAUCUAACAUUUAAUGACCUAUCCAUAUUAUACUCUGAUUUUAGGGGGUUUUUAUUUUGUUUUGCUUUUUUGUUGGGAAGGUUGUUUGUUUGUUUGUUAGCCAAACAGGACCAUAAAUUUAUUGGGGAAUGCACACUCACACACUCACAACAUCACAUGACAAUGGCACAGUUACUCAGGACAUCAAGGUGGCCUCUUCCAUCAAAGAAGGACCCAAUAGGUUACAGGCUCCUUUCAUGCAACCUAGACCCUGCUGGGUCUUUCCUCUGGGGCAAUGGAGGAAGGAAGGGUGUUGCUGGGGUGACCCUCAAACCUGGUGGGGGUGAGUAAGCAGGUUAGUACAGCAGACCUGGCUGAGUGGAGGCCACCUCACUCCAGGGACUGCAGCUUCAGUAACUGCUUCAAUGCUCAUCUCUCAGAUUUCACCUGCCAGGAGCAUCUCAUCUACCAUUGUGUAAACCUUGUAGAAGUUGAAAACCAGGUCAAGUUCACAGAAAUUGUGGAAAUAUUCAUUUAGCACUUCCACAAAGUUGUAGAUGGUUUCAAGAUAGACCAGAAUUUUGUCCUUGAUGACCACACAGAUAUAGAAGUAGAGUCUAGUGUAGUGUAGGUAAAUGAUCUUGAAGUUCCAGAACUCCACAAAGUUAGUGUGCUUGGCAUCCCUAACAGUGACCAAGGCAUGUAUCUCUUCAAUCAAAUUCUGUUUCUCAUCAUCAUCAAACAACAUGUACCACUUGGCCAAACGCAUCUUGCCACUUGGUUCUAGAUGAGAAUGAAGUGAAUGACGGUGACUCCUGUCACUGUAUUCUGUUUUAAAUGCUUCACCUGUAUAAAUAUAUUAAUACAUAUGCCCUUUAGAGUAAGUAUUUUUACCAUCCUCAUUGUGCCAGCAAGUUUCAGAACCAAGGUUCAACACAAUGCAUUUUUUUUGGAAGAAUCUGUUUUUAAUUUGCUAAAUAUCUGUGCAACCAUUUUCAGGUACAAAGUUUCAGGUAUACAUUACAAAUAGGUAUAUAUGACAAAUAGGUGUACAUAACAAAUCUCUAGAAGAGAUUUACUAUACAAAAUUAUGCCUUGCAUUAGCAAUAUCUCUGUGCCUUUAAUUUUUGUAAUAGGACAGAUAUGUUAUGCCCUUACAAAAAACAUAUGAGAAAUAAGUGAUAGACAAAAAGGGAGAAAGAUGAUGAUGAUGAUAAUGAUGGAUAGAUGAUGCAUUAAAGUAUAGCAUUUAAAUAUACAAAUUAGAUGAACACAUGCCUGUGAUUUCGUCAGAAGAAUGUUAUGAGAAUAUUAUAUAAUAAAUUAGAAUAUUUAAAUUAGAAGGAGUUUCAUAUUUGCAAACCUUAAUGGCAAAAUAAUAAUAGCCUAUAGCAUUAAUAUUCCACAGUCUUCACAGACAUCCCUUUUGUCACCAGCAGCCCUGUUAAAUCUCAUAAACUAGCAAGAUUAGCUCUCAUUAUACAUUGAACUUUUUAUUUCAUUCAUCAAGUAUCACUUCUGUAUCCUCAAAAACAUUUCUGAUCUUAAGCAAAUGUUCUCUAUUUUAGUUUUCAGAAUAAACAUAUUUGGUUUUGUGUGUUCCUCUUAGACUGUAAGCUGGUUUUUCUUGGCUAUAAAUUUUCCUGGGUUUGCAGAAGAGUAAAAUGAUUAUGCAAUGAUAAUUUUAAUUGGCCUUUAAGGGUAAUAAAUGUAUCUUUCAAUAACUUUCUCUUACUAAAACAUCAGUGACCCCAAAUGUAGAAAAACUAAACACUUGAAAGGUCAGAUUAGUAUCACAAUAAUAUAAACUUAAGGGAUACAUUCUAGUAAAUGUCAUCACACUAGCCAGUAGGAAAAUAUUCUAUUCUGCUUCAUAUGUAUAACCUGGGUUUGAUUGGCUUUGCCUGAUACAAGGAUAGAAAGGCGUUCUUUGACACAUCCCAAAGCUCUCUGUUACUCUAGAAAAAAAUGAAAGACAAAUAAUUUCUCGAUCUUUCAGCGAAGAUCAAGUAUAAAAACAAAAGAUGAUUCCUAACUGCUCCUUUAUUUGCUCAUUGUUUAACUUUUCUCUGCAUUAUGUAGUUCCCCUUUAUAUAAUUUCAUUAUAUAGUGCCCCUUUAUAUAAUUCCUUCCAUCAUCCCUGCUAACACAUAAAAAUACAUUUCUAUCAUAAUUUAAAAAGAUAUUACCUAAAUUUUUUAUCAAACUGAUUUGUUUAAUAUACCUUCUCAAGCUAUAUUUAAUGGAGAAGUGGUUGCAGGCUUCCACAUAUAACAAAGAAUCUAUCUGCAAGUGAAACGCACAGGCAAAGGAAAAAUCAGUUUUUCCAACGGGGUCUCACUUCAUAUAUUACCAACUAAUUAACAUGUCUAGGAGUAGUUGAUCAACUUAAACUUGAUGACAUUUCUGUAGACUUCUUGUCUCAUUUUGCUUUGUUAGAGUAUCUUUUGUCAAAAUGGUCUUUUGCUUAUUAUGAUUUCUGUCUUUUUGUUCUGUUUUGUGUGUGUGUGUGUUGAAUUUUUGGUUUUGUUUG